UAUCGGCUAUGAAAGGGCACAUCCGUCCUCACCCGUACCCAAGCGAUAUAAGUCCGGACGCUGUUCCCAUCCGAACAUUUUUUGUUCCCGUCGCCCAUCUUCCCCGGACAACGACCUCCCCAUCCCGCAGCACCCUCCUCGCCGCCGUCUUCCCCCUCAAAAGCGUCGCAAUGUCAAGACUCGCCAUGCCGACCGCCCUCGCCGCCGACGCGCUCUCGCCGCUCGAGAUACCGUCCGUGCCCUGGGACGCCCACCUCCAGCCGACGGGCAUGCUCUACUCGCCUGCCGCACGCGCAGCACACGCGCAGGCCCUCGCGAGUUUCUACGCGACGGCCCCGUCGCCGCCGCACUCCGUGUCGAGCAGUGGCACGCGCCCCGCGUCGCCCAUCGCGGCCGCGAGCCUGCUGAGGAGUCGUGUGCCCUCGCCUGCCGCUGCGACCGAGCAGACGCUGUGUCUGCCGACGCACCAGCUGUUGACAUCCCGCCCGGUGGGUUCCCAUCGAGCAGUCGCCCGGCAGGAGUCGCAGGAGCGUGAGCGUCUGAGCAUCUCCAUCAAUCCCAGCCUCGCCGUCCCUGCGAAGCGCGCAUCAAGCACCGCCCCGAGCGCGAGCUCGAGCAAGAAGCCGCGGGCGUCGACCAAGCGCGAGGCGCGUCUGGUCAAGAAUCGCGCUGCUGCAUUCCUGAGCAGGCAGAGGAAACGGGAGGAGUUUGAGACAUGGAGAUGUGACCGUCCGCACGCCCAGCAGCCGUUGCAGGAGGAGGAGCUUUUGUCGGAGGUUGAGCAGCUGCGGAGGCAACUGGCCGAGAUACAAGAGCGGGAGCGUGCGCUCGCCGAGGAGCUCUCGCGGAAACAGCGCUCGCCGUCGCCGGCGCCGUCCUCCACUUCUUCACCACAGCUGUCGCUGCGAUCGACGCGGAUGGACAGGUCCGGUGCGAGCCUUGGACUGAUGGUGAGUCCCCGUGCCAUCGAAGUGAAGGGGGUCUGAAACGGGCACAGGUGUUGUUGUGCGCGCUGCCGACGUGCUCUCGCUGCCGUCGCACUCGCAUUCGCAGUCGGCGCUGCCGAGUACGUUCACGAUGCCGCUGUCGCACGCAACAUCGGCGCUACCGUCGUCUGCCUCGAUAUGCAGUCGUACCUCCCGGUGAACUCGGACUUGACUGGCUCGACGCGAUGGGCGCCAACUCUGGCAUGGACUUUGACUUCAACAUGGACUUUUCGAGGGAGGACAAGACGCGGCUGGCGUCUGCCGCGACUACGGCGGCAACGCUGUCUGGCAACAAGCUGGAGUUCGUCAGCGACGACAGCGA